UCAUGCGACCCACCUGAGCCAGUGCCCCUCCUAUGGUCCUCCUGGUCCAGAGCCCCGCUCCAUGCAACUCCCUCCCAGGCUAGAGUGCCCCCCUUCCAUGCAGCCCUCAGGGCACAGCCAGCCCCCCCUCCCCCACUGUGUAUCCUCCCCACCCCUUGGGGGGCAGAGUUGCCCCUCAUGUGACUCCUGCUCAACUCCAAUAUUCCCCACCCACAGCAUCCUCUGGUGCACCCUCUCCCUGAAGGACAGGGCAAUCCUCCCCCCAGCCAGAUGCAGACUUCCCCCCAGUAUCUUCCUUCCUCGGGGUCAGUUACCACCUCCCAAGUAUUUCCUCUCCCCCCUCCCCACCAGCACAGCGCAUCUGUCUGUCCUUCCUGGAAGAUGAUUCCCGCCUUCCAGCUCCUGGUUCUCCACUCCCGGUGUAAGAAAUCAGUCCAGGCCCCCAGCUGUGUUACAUGCUUCGGGUGCGAGCUGUGGUGAUGACCCGAGACGACUCGAGCGGGGGAUGGGUGCCCAUGGGCGGGGGCGGCCUGAGCCACGUCAUGAUCGGCAAGGUGCGGCGCCCGGAGGAGGGCGGGCAGCGGCACCAGUUCCUGAUCUGCGGGGAGCGCCUGCGCGACCAGACCACCAUCCUGGAGUGCGUGCUGAAGAAGGACCUCGUCUACAACAAGGUGAACCCCAUCUUCCACCACUGGAAAGUUGGCGACAGCAAGUUCGGCCUGACCUUCCAGAGCCCCGCCGAUGCCGCAGCCUUCGAGCGGAGCGUGCAGGCCGCCCUGGAGGAGCUCGCCGAAGGUUCUCUCUCCUCCUCCUCCUCCUCCUCCUCGUCUCAGGAUGAUGCUGAUGGGACAGAUGACGCAGGGUUGAUGCACACGGACAGCGAAUCUUCCUCGAACAGCCGGAAGGAAAUGCUCCCCAAACACAUCACCAUUGUGACCAGCGAGUCCUCCUCCAGCUGCUACAUCCGCUCACCUGCCUCCGAGGAGUUUGCCUUCAGCACGGCCCAGGGGUCGACGCCGACCAGCCAGGGCGGGCAGGUGCAGACCCAGCCCCUGCAGCACCUGACCCUGCACGACGAGGAGGAGCUAGAGAGCAUCAACCCAUGCAAGGACCUGUGGGUGAGCAAGGGCUAUGAGGACUACAGGCGGGCGGCAGUGCAGAAGCGGGAAGCCGACCCCGACAAGGUCGGCAUGUGCGUGCACUUCGAGAAGGGCAGCAAGGAGCGCCGCUUCCCUGCAGCAGGGGGGGGCGGCGAGGGCCGCCUCAGAGACCCCAAGGGCUCCCCAUCCUGCCGGAUCCAUGCCGCCCCUUCGCCCCCCAAGCAGAAGCACGCCAAGGAGCCAGGGGCCGGCGGCGGGGCGGGCUCGGAGGAAGACACCGUGCCCUCCCGCUGCGUCUAUUGCCGGGACGUCUUCAACCACGAGGAGAACGGGCGGGGCCAGUGCCAGGACGCGCCGGACCCCAUCGGACGCUGCGUCUACCAGCUCACCUGCAUGUGGUGUGCCGAGAGCAUGCUGUACCACUGUAUGUCAGACUCGGAGGGCGAGUACUCGGACCCUUGCUCCUGCGACCUGGGGCACCCGCACUUCUGCAUCCGCUGGAUGGCGCUGGUGGCCCUCUCCCUCGUCGUGCCCUGCAUGUGCUGUUACCUGCCACUCCGCGCCUGUCACUGGUGUGGGGAGCACUGCGGCUGCUGCGGUGGGAAACACAAGGCUGUGCGGUGAAGCCGGCUGGGGCGCGGCGCUCUUCUUGGCUUGGCUGGGGGGGAGAGAGGCGAAGAGACGGAGGCGGUCUUAAACGGCGGCGGGGGGCUGAUUCCCCCUUCUCUUGCACGCCCUACCCCCCGUGUCCCGUGUUUGGAGGGGGAGGGACUAGGCGGUUUUAUUCCGAGUGUCAGGCGUGGCUGGUGAGUUUCAUUUUUUUUUCCUUUAAAAUUUCAACAUUUUGGGUCCGUUUUUAUAAAAAGAAAAAAUUUAAAAAAAAAAGAAAAAGUAAUGGAAGAAAGAGAAAACAAACAAACGACGGUCUCAGGAGAGAUGGGUAGAUGGUCAUGCGGGGGGCAGUUUUACCCCCUCCCUUCCUCCUAGCUAUGGGGGGGGAGGGAACAAAUAAAAUUUAACCCCUCCUUCACCCAAUCCAGCUGUGUCCGCACACCUGUUUGUGUGUGUGCAGUGGUGGGGUGACCAGUAGACUAUGUUACCCCCUCCUUCCUUUACCCAGUCUGACUGGGUCCACAGGGAUUUCUUUUCAAUUUUAAAAAAGGGUUACAAAGAACAACAGAAGGAAAGAAAAUAUCCUAAAUGGAUAUUCACUGGAUUUUUAUUUUGUACUCAGGAGGGAGUCCAGGGAGCAAGAGAAACUAAUUUGUGCUGAAAAAUGCCCCUAUAUAAAAAACAAAAACAAAACAAAAAAACCUUCCCUGCAGCUUUAUAACCGCACAAUGCUGGGGCAUCCUUUUCACAAGGACGACAGGCAGACAGGGUUCGAUUUACAGGGUACACAAGCUGCAGCACCCCUCCAAGUUCUGUCCCCCACCCUCCCCGCCCCAAUACAGUUCCCAUGGUUUAUUUCUGGGUCCCAGGCUGGAACAAUGGGGCUCCCCUUGAAGUGUUCGCUGGGCUACAAUUUCCAGGGAAGUUAGGGAAGGGUUGUCUGCAGCUCCCCUUGUGACACCCCUUCCCCAUUGAUGUCUGGCAUCUACCUCUGUUUUACCCCAGUCACCACAGAGCAGAGAGCUUGUACAAUUCAGUCUCGUUCCCCAUGCUGUUCCCCUCUCUCCCAGCAGGACAGGGGUAAGACUGUGAGGCCAGCCUGGCCCCUAGGGGCAAUGGAUCGGGGAGGUCUCUGGACUCCAUGGGAAUCUCCUCCCCCGCCAAAUGGGCAAAGGUGGGUUGGGUUUUGAGCCAGCCUGAUACCACACAGCGGGAGAUCGGCGCUGCGGGGUUGCCAGGCAAAAUCUCUUGGGCAAAGCACCAGCUGCAUCCAUUCCCAGCAGGGCAGACUUUACCUAGAUCGUAGGUUCUUUAGCCCAGGGUCAUGCACGGCCUCCCUGUCAUUGGAGCAGGACGGGAAGGGGAGUUGGAUCCCGAAACUGUUAUUUUGGAGCUGUUGUAACCUGGGGUCAUGGUGCUGACCCUGCUCGCUCUCUGUGUUAAACCCAGUUGGGAGGACUUAGCUUGGUACUGCUGAAAAGAAGAGCUGGAUUCCUAAGGAAUUUGGGGUCGAAGAAGUAUUGGCCUUGGGAAUCAGGACUCCUGGGUUCUCUUCCCAAAUCGGGGAGAGGGUAGGAUCUAGUGGGUUAGAGCAGGGGGGCUGGAAACCAGGACUCCUGAGUUCUAUUCCCAAUUCUGGUAGUGUGGGGGUGGGAUGAUCUAGUGGAUUAGAUCCAUGGGACUGGGAGUCUGGACUCCUGGAUUCUCUUCUCUGUGUUGGGUGGGGAGUGGGGUCUAGUGGUUAGAGCAAAGGAUUGGGAGUCAAAACUCCCGGGUUCUGUUCCCAGCUCUGCAGCUGUCUUGCUGUAUAACCUUGGGCAAGUCACUUAAUCCCGAUGUUCCUCUAGUCUCAUACCAUUCCUCCACCUCCUGCUUGCACUGCCUAGCAGUGAAGUAUUACCAAGCCUCCCUGAGGGACAGGACGGGAGCCCUCUUGCGACAUUUAAGACUAGACUGUGCAAAGCCACAGGAUGUGGUACUCAGGGGCUGACCCUCCCUGGGACCCAGUGAGUGUGGAAUAGAGGGGCUGAUCUCUCCAAAUCCAGUGGGGGUGAAGCAGAGCUGCCUGAAAGCACUUUGAUCUCUGUCCCUGGGCCCCACAAUCAGUGGGAGGGGAGGGGAAAGCAAAGAAAAUCCAGGACCAAAAACCAGUGGGACCCUCGGAGUUUUACCCCAGCUGAGUCAUUACCCCCCAUCCUGCCCCACGCUGGCUGUUUGGGGGCCCCUGUGUGACAUGAGUUUGAUGGAGCUCAGCUCACUUCCCACUGGGAUGAGGCAUCAGCCUUCCCACUGGGCAAAACAGGUCCCCCCUGCCACCCCUUGCUGCCAGACGUGAAACAAAGCCAGGGACCUCUGGCCAAGGGAAGCUCCUGGUCAGGUUUUUUUUUAAAGCAGCUGCAUCCAGCUGACUCUGGGGUUGUGGGAGGGGCUUGCAACAAGCCCCACCUCUUAUUUAUUUACUUCUCUCUUUUUCCCCUAAGUCGGGACAACUGAUUUUUGUGGGGGAGGGGGGGUGUCCCUGCAGCGCACAGUGGGGCAGAAAACCAGAGUGAUGCGGGGGCAGGUUGGGACCCUCCGCAUCUGCUAGCACAGAUUGUCCUCUUGCUUAAAUUGGGAGUCACACUAGUUCAAAUCAGUGGAGUUACAGUGGUGUAAGUCAGGAUUAUCUGGAUCAAUAGCAUUGCACCAGUGUAAAUCAGGAGUGACUCCAUGUAGAUCAGUGGCAGUACGAUGGUAUAAACGAGGGAUAACUCUGGAUCAGUGGUGUCUGCUGGUGUAAAUCAGGAGUAACUUGGUUUAGAUGAAUGGAGUUACUCUGGUUUAGAUCAUUGUGGUAUCAUGGGUGUAAACCAGUUGUAAUUCUGUUUGGAUCGAUAGCAUUACACUGGUGUAAAUCAGGAGUAUCUUGGGUUAGAUUAGUGGUGUUACACUGGUUUAGAACAUUGAGGUUACAUCAGUGUAAAUCAGGAGUAACUUGAUUGGAAUCAGUGGUGUUACAUUGUAGUAAAUCAGGAGAAACUGGAUCAAUGGUGUAAUUGCAAGGAGUGUGGGGUUUAUGGGGCUAGAGUACGAUCUCUUUACACUGGUGUAAAUCUGGAGUAACCACAGAAAGGCAGCAUAUUGAGGCCGGGCUGUUUCUAAGGGAAUGGGGUGCCUGACCCAAUGGGAGCCUGGCACCUAAAUCGCUUCUGCUCCUUUGAAGAUUCCCAACCUGAAAACCAAUACGUGAACCUCGUUAUUUUACCUGCUGCACAGUUAGCCUGGGGAACUCAAUGCCACAAGUUCUCCUCUGAGGCCAAAAGUUUAACAUCCUUCAGAAAAACGACUGGAUGUUUAUACAGAUAACUAAACCUAGAAGUAGAAUAUUAAAUAUCUUUAAAAUAACCAAGAGUUUUGGCAGGGCUAUAAACCCUCAUGCUAUAGGGCAUGACCCAACCUCUGACUAUCAGGGGUCAGGAGGGAACUGACCCUAUGGGCCAGCUAUGCCAUAAUUACCCAGUAGGGGGCACCUCUUUCUGAACCAUCUAUUUAUUGGCCUCUAUUGGAGACAAGAGAAUGAACUAGAAAGACACUUGGUUUGAUCUGACUGUCCAUGUGAACCUAAUAGAGUGACCCUAGUUUUACCCCAAUGUAAACAAGAUUAGGGCUUGGCCUGGCCAGAUUUGAGUGUGUUCAGUAGUACACUGGGUCCUAUUCCCAUUUCUCCAUCCUUGUUCUUUUUUUCAAAAUCUUCCCAGAAAACAAAACAAGACAAAUCAUAACUGUAUAAAACCUGGCAAAGCUGUGUGUGCCAAUGACCCUAUGAUAACCUUGGGGCCAAUACAGCAGGGAGCCGACCGAAAUACAGAAGGGUGCGGAGAGCGGGUCUUGUAUAUUACUGCAGGAAUGAGAUUCUUUUAAUGCUAUUUUAUAUAUAAAAAAGUGCAGAGGGGGGCAGAGAGGGGAAAAAAACCAAACAAACAAAGAGAAAAAGUUAAUAUUAAAAUUUUUUUGUGGUUGCCAAUCUAAUUUUUUUCCUUGUUUAAGUAUUUUAUCAGAUUUGUAUAUUCAAUAUUGUCAUUUCUGUGUAUUUAAAAAAAAAUUAAAAAGGGGGGAAUGGAAUCAGAGGAGAAUGUUCUAUUUAAAAGUGUAUGUUGUAUAUUAAAUCUUAGCAAAAGUGACUCUUAAAUGUUUUCCCCUCCUUCUGUGGUGGGGUUUGGAGGUGCUGGUUCGAGCUUCCUAGAUUUAUAGGUCCAGAAAGGGAUCAUUCUGAUCAGCUACGGCCAGAUUCAAGAGAUGCAAAUAGUUUUCAGACACUGAAAUGUGCCACUCACACACAGACCAAAGUGUCAGAUGGUUUUAUUGCAACAUCAACAAGAGAUAAGAUGUUUCAAGCAGCGCUAAAUUGCAGCUGCUCUUAAUGAUUUUAAAACUAGAGUAAAAGAAAAAUAAUCCAAUAUUUCAGCUAUCGUUAUAUAUUAUGAUUAUAUCUAUUAGGACACGUCAGAAGGGGAUGGCAUAUUGUGACAAAGGCCCUUUGUUUUCAGGUUUUAUUCUGUUUAAAAUUUCCUGGGAAUUUAUAGGGGUUUAUUGCAGAAAUUAAACGGUGCAAAAAAUUGACUUCACAAUUUUCUGGGUAAAUAUUGGAGUGAAUGGUGGGAUGGAGGACAGAGAAAAAGCAAGAAAUAGAGAAGCAUAUUGAAAGUCAAAGCAGCUUAAUACUGUGGUUUAUUUCAUGAACUGUACAUUAACAAAAAGAAAAGGAGUACUUGUGGCACCUU